AUGAGUAAGAUUAGGGGCCUCCCACCUGAGGUCAAGGAACCAGGCCCUGGAGUGGAACUUGGGGUAGAAAAUGGCCUUCUUUGUCAACUGAUUCAUUCUCCAGAAUUCAACUUGUUCGCUGACUCUGCAGUGUUUGAAAGCAACUUUAUCCAGGUGACUAAACCUGGGAAAUGGAUGGAUGUCUCUGGAGGGUCGACCACCGUGGUCCUUGGGGUGACCUCUUCUGUGCCCUCCCUGCCACUCCCCAAUGUUCUCCUGAUGGCCAAGGUCACCUGGCCCUGGGGUCCUUUUUCCACCUGGAGAAAACCUAGUGAUGCCCCCAUCAUCACCCUCAGCAGGAUUCUGCCCCUGAAGUAUGUAGAACUACAGAUCUGUGACCGGCUUCAGCGCAUCCUGAGGGUGAGGACAGUAACUGAGAAGAUCUACUACCUGAGGCUCCAUGAAAAACAUCCCCAGGCUGUGUUUCAAUUCUGGACCCGCUUGGUGAGAAUUCUACAGAAAGGCCUGUCCAUCACCACGAAAGACCCCAGGAUCCGAUUCACUCAUUGUCUGGUGCCCAAGGUGUCCAGUAGCUCCACUGAGACAACACCUGAAAGCAGCUUCCUGUCAGUCUCCCAGCUCAGUGAAAACCUCAGGCUUCUGGCAGCAGAGCAGACCAGUGGAAGUUCAUUACAGCUCUCAGAACAACCCCAACUUCCAACAGCCAUAAAUACCAACAUGACCAUUAAAAUGGACAAUUGCAACAGCAGUGACAAGACAGCCUCCCCAGCGGUAACUCCUGUCACUUCUAAUAUACCCUUGAGAGCCACCUUGAGUCACAGCCUGUGGGAACAAGAGAACUCCAAUGAGCCCUUGUGUGAAGCGCCAGUAGCCAGUUCCCUAGGAGAGAACUUCUGGGGACACUGA